AUGAAGCGUCUCUGUCGGCGGCUGGCGGUGGCCGUGGCCGUGCUGGUGUGGCUGGGGGCGCUGGUUUACCUGCUGGCGCUGAGCCGGAGGGGGCUACCGGAGCUCGGUGCCGGUGCAGGCGGAGGAGGAGGAGGAGGAGGAGGAGGCGGAGAGACGGUGUCCAACCAGGUGAAAAAUACACCUAUUUUUGGCUUCAACAAAUCAUUUUCACGCCCCAGAUGCUCCACUCUUCGUUACGACUCUGAUCUUCCUCCAUCCUCCAUCAUCAUCACCUUCCACAACGAGGCCAGAUCCACCCUGCUGCGCACCGUCACCAGCGUCUUGAACCGGACUCCAGUUCAUCUCAUCCACGAGAUCCUCCUGGUGGACGACUUCAGCGACGACGAAAGCGACUGUCGGCUUCUCACCAAACUGCCCAAAGUGAAAUGUCUCCGAAACACCAAGAGAGAAGGUCUGAUCCGCUCCAGAGUCCGCGGCGCCGAUGCCGCCAGGGCCGCCGUCCUCACCUUCCUGGACAGCCACUGCGAGGUCAACAAGGACUGGCUGCCCCCCCUGCUGCAGAGGAUCAAACAGGACCCGACCUGUGUGGUCAGCCCUGUCAUCGACAUCAUCAACAUGGACACGUUCGCCUACGUGGCGGCUUCCGCCGAUCUCCGGGGAGGUUUUGAUUGGAGUCUCCAUUUCAAGUGGGAGCAGCUGUCUGCAGAGCAGAGAGCUCGCCGGGCCGACCCGACCCAGCCAAUCAAGACCCCCAUCAUCGCGGGCGGCCUCUUCGUGAUCGACAGGUCCUGGUUCAAUCACCUGGGCAAAUACGACACGGCCAUGGACAUCUGGGGCGGGGAGAACUUCGAGAUCUCCUUCCGGGUGUGGCAGUGUGGGGGGAGUCUGGAGAUCCUCCCCUGCAGCAGAGUGGGACACGUCUUCAGGAAGAAACACCCGUACGUCUUCCCCGACGGCAACGCCAACACCUACAUCAAGAACACGCGCCGCACGGCCGAAGUGUGGAUGGACGACUUCCGUCUCUUCUACUACUCAGCUCGACCGGCCGCACGAGGCAAAUCCUACGGAGAUAUCCGAGGCAGAGUGGAGCUCCGCAAGAAGCUCAAGUGCAAAUCCUUCAAGUGGUACUUGGACAACGUCUACCCAGAGCUCAAAGUGCCGGACGACUCUGACUCUCAGUCCGGGGUCGUCAGGCAGAGGCAGAACUGUCUGGAGUCCCGCCGGCCGGAGGGACAGGAGCUGCCCGUCCUCACGCUGGCCCCCUGCGCCGCCGCCGCCGCCGCCAACCAGGAGUGGCUGUACACUCACGGGCAGCAGAUCCGACAGCAGCAGCACUGCUUGUCUCUGUCCACCACCUUCCCGGCCUCCCAGGUCCUGCUGAUGCCCUGCAACAUGGCCGACGGCAAGCAGCGGUGGCAGAAGUCCGGCACCCACCUGGAGCACCUGGUGUCCCGGUUCUGCCUGGACUCGGAGAUGGCUCUGGACGGGAUGGACUCCUCGCGCAUGCUGGUCAUCAGCCCCUGUGAGCUGAGCGCGUACACACAGAGAUGGGAGGUGCCCUUCUCCUGACCCUCCCCCCCCCCCCGUGACCUUUCACCCCCCGCGAUGUCACCCGCUCUCUCUCCAGUGAGAGACCGCCAACGCCGCCGCUUCGGCCCCGAGGCGCCGGGCGGAAGGUUUAAGAAGACGCCUCGUCCCUGUUUGUUGUGAGAGGAAGUGACGCGUGGCAUUAAAGAGGUUUUGUGAAGAGACAAAUCAAGCGCACCUUAAAAAGACUCAAACAUCGCAGAAGGUUUCCCUUGUGACUCUAUGAGAAUGUGGAAUAAAAAACCAGCCACAAAUCACGUCCUUUCAAGACAGAAUAAGCAUCAUCGUCUUUCCUGCAGCAUCCAGAGGGUGAAACCAGGAAGUGAAGGUGAAUCCGCUGAUUAGGAGGAAGCAGCCGACCGGAACAGAAACAGGAUGAAGGCAAAGAAAGCAAAAGGCCGACAGCUUUGUACCAAAAAAAGAGUAGAAGAUGUACCGCCGGUCGCUCACUACGGGGACAGUAAUCUCAUCUGUGACCUUUGAAACGACCUCCUGCUUCAAACGAGAACACUUUGUCUCUAUAAAGAUCAUUUCCCCCAAAAAGACAGUUUUUCAAAUGGCGUAUUUUUAAAUGUGGAGACGGAUUCUCAACAAAUUGUGUCCCAACUUUCUUGUGUUUGAAAUCAUCCGCUGCAUCGUUUUGAUAUCCUGUUUGGCUCCUGAAUAAAGGUUUUAUAACAGAU